AUGCUAAUUUUGCAUCAUCUUUUAACUCCAGAGGCUAUUUCUCAUGCAAACCCUUCCGCUGAUGAGCCAAUGUGUCCUAAUUCGUCGGGGCCAAGCAUUGCCUCGAGGCCGGUCUCGACCGUCGGCAAACGCCGUGCAUCUACUUCUCGUUGUCAGCGCUCCCGGCUGGGGAUUGAACGUCGCCCCACCGAAGCUGGGAUAUCAGAGGCAAGGGCGAGGGCCCAGGCCAAUGAGGCGCUGGCUGCAACUGAAGCCGAGUUAGUUGGCCUCGAAGCUAGCCUAGAUGAGCAGAUGCGCUUCCUCCGCUUUGAUCCCACUGGCCAGGUAUAUCGUGCUGGACUGAGUGCUGCUGGAUUCCAUUACCGUGUAAGAACCAAUUCGAACCUGUAA